AUGAAGGGAGUGAAAGGAAGGCUACUGAAGAAAUUGAAGACAAUUAAAACAAUUGGGCAUUUGAAACCAGAAAGAAUUCUUCAGGUAAAUGCAUUUGAAGGCUAUGUAUAUACUUCACCACCCAAAUCCAAUUCUGUGCCCCGGAAACCCCUGGUUUCCAUUCAAGAAAAUCCCAAGAAUGUUGUGGAGAAUGAUGGAUUGAUGAUGCAAGAACCAGAGAUCAUUGAUGUUACAGAGCUUAUGAAGGAUCUUGAAGAUCAAGAAUUUGAAUUCGAUGGUGAUAUCAACGAUAAGGAGAAUGUCAAACCCGAAAAGAAGUCGAAAAUCCCAGAUGAUUUUGUAGAAAAUUCAAAGGAUAAGGUUUUGGAAUCUACAGAAGAAUUUCGUAAAGAUGAUGAAAAGCAGGUCCCUUUACAAGAGAUUGAUGUGUCUUUGUUCAGGCAGCCAGAUUUGGACUCAGGAUCCCUUUUCCACCCGAAUCUUCUUGCAGCCUUUGAGCAGGCAGUUAUGGAAGUUAAAGCUCAAGAUAAGGCAGAGAGAAGGGUUCAAAUUGAGGAAAUAAAUUGUCAAGAAAUCGAUGAAGGCCCCCUUUUAAAGUCAAGGAAAAUCGAGGAAAUUGCAGAUCCUCUACUAGAUUAUGAAGACAAGUGUCCACCAGGGGGUACAGAUACAGUUAUUCUCUACACCACAGGCCUUAGAGGGAUACGAAAGACAUUCAACGACUGUCAUAGAAUCCGAACUCUAUUGGAGAACCUGAGGAUUUCUUUCUACGAGAGGGAUAUAUCGCUGCAUUCAGAGUAUAGGGACGAGUUGUGGAAGAUUUUGGGUGAAAAAGUACUGCCUCCAAGGCUGUUCAUAAAGGGAAGGUACAUUGGAGGAGCUGCAGAGGUUUUGGUAUUGCAUGAACAAGGAAAGUUAAAGUCACUUCUUGAAGGAAUUCCUAUUGAUAAAUCUGAAGGACCAUGUGAUGGUUGUGCUGGAAUAAGGUUUAUCGUGUGUUUUAGCUGCAAUGGAAGUCGAAAAAUUGUUCCUGAAGGGAAUGGUCAGGUAAUGAAAUGCUCAGAAUGCAAUGAGAAUGGAUUGAUUAUAUGUCCAUUUUGUUGUUGA